AUGAACCUGCCUGCACUCGGGUUCUGUAUGUUCCGUGUUUUGCUCACAGAGGCCCAUCACAGCAGUAUCAUGGAAAAUUCUCAAAGUUCAUCUGUACAAAUCAUAUUUCCAGAGAAAUUUGAAGAGAAUAAAAGCUCAGAAGAAAAGAUAUCCUACAUUAUUCCAAUAAACCAGAAGCCAUACAUUGUGUACCUCCAGAAAAGUUAUUUUUUAGCAGACCGUUUUAUGGUUUAUUCGUAUAACAAAGGAUCUGUGAGUUCUCAUUCUGCAGACGUCCCGAGUCAAUGCUACUAUCAAGGACACAUCAAAGGCUAUCCGAACUCUGUCGUCACACUGAGCACGUGCUCUGGACUCAGAGGAAUCCUGCAAUUUGAAAACGUGUCUUAUGGAAUCGAGCCCCUCGAAUCUACAAUUCCAUUACAGCACAUUAUUUAUAAAUUAGGGGAUGUAGAGAAUGAUUUAACAGUUUUUAAUAAAAAUAGUAGAAACAUAGAGAUGCCGACGGACUACAGUGUUUUUAUCAAUGAAAAGGUGAAAUCACCUUUAAAACUGUCGUUUCCUCUCUAUCUAGAGAUGAGUAUUGUGGUGGACAAAGCCUUGUAUGAUUACUUGGGCUCUGACAGCAUGAUUGUAACAAAUAAAAUCAUUGAAACUAUCAGUCUUAUAAAUUCAGUGUUUUCCCAACUUAAGGUUACUAUUGUGUUGUCCUCGUUGGAGUUGUGGUCAGAUAAAAAUAGGAUACCUACAGUUGGUGAAGCAGAUGAAUUACUACGUCAAUUUUUAGAAUGGAAGCAAUCUUAUCUUACCCUAAGGCCUCAUGAUGUUGCAUAUUUAUUCAUUUAUAACGAAUACCCAAAUUAUGUGGGAGCCACGUAUCCUGGAAAGAUGUGUGCCUCCAGCUACUCUGCAGGAAUCACAAUGUACCCCAAGGGCAUGACUUUGGAGGCCUUUUCAAUUGUUGUCACCCAGAUGCUGGGGCUCAGUCUGGGAAUAUCAUAUGAUGACCCGACAAAAUGCAACUGCUCGGAAGCCGUCUGCGUCAUGAAUCCAAGAGCUAUGCAAUCUCCAGGUACGAAGGUGUUUAGCAAUUGUAGCUUGAAUGACUUUGAACAUUUUAAAUCUAAUGUGGGUGCCAAAUGCCUUCAGAAUAAGCCACAAAUGCAAAAUAGCCCAAGAGCCAUCUGUGGAAAUGGAAAAGUGGAGGGAAAUGAAGUCUGUGACUGUGGCUCUCAACAACAAUGUGGGCCUGAUAGCUGUUGUGAACCUACGACUUGUGUUCUGAAAGACAAAAAGGAUUGUGACAGCCUGUCUCCCUCACAAUCCUGCUGCCAUUCUUGUUCGUUUUUACCAGCAAACCAUAAAUGUAGACCCUCAAAACAUCCAAUCUGUGAUGUCCCUGAAGUCUGCAAUGGGAGCUCAGGAUUUUGUCCACCUGAUGUGAAAAUACAUGAUGGGCGCACCUGCAGAGAUGGUGGGUUUAUCUGUUAUAAUGGAGACUGUCCUGACAUGAAUAAGCGCUGUGAAGCAAUAUAUGGACAAGGUUCACGGAAUGCUCCAUUUUCCUGCUAUGAAGAAAUUCAGAGUCAAACUGAUAGGUUUGGCAACUGUGGUAAAGACAAACAAAACAAAUAUAUAUUCUGCGGAUGGAGGAAUCUCAUAUGUGGGAGAUUAAUUUGUACUUAUCCCAGCCGAAUUCCCUAUAACCCACCUAACAUCAGCACCGCCUCUGUGAUUUAUGCUUUUGUACGGGACCAAGUAUGUAUCAGUGUAGACUAUGGAUCGAACGUCAAAGAUGACCCACUCAAGGUCAUUAGUGGCUCUGUAUGUGACCAAGAUAGGAUUUGUUUAAAUAACAUAUGCUCAGAAACAAGAUUUUUAAAGGAUAAGUUCAGCAUAUGUACAAACAAGUGCAAUGGAAGAGGAGUAUGCAACUCGCUUGGUGAAUGUCAUUGUGAUAAGGGUUUCAAACCUCCAGACUGUUCAUCAAGGAGCCGAUCUGCCCUGUGGCCUACCAAGCAAGAUCUGAUCAUGCAAGGACUUCCUAAGAACACAGAGAAGAAGUGGCUUCUUAGUUUGUACAUUGCUUUAAUUAUUCUCACCUCAACAUUACUAGUAAUCACAGCAUGGAAAGGCUUGAAACACUGGUUUUUCAAGGAAGACGAAUCCCUGAGUAGCGAGACCAAAUCAGAAGACAACACUCAGACCUCCAGCAAGUGAGUAUAUUAAAAGGUGACAUAAAGAAACAUGUAGGAAAUGAACAAUAAAUUAAUUAUAAAUCAUAAUAAAAUUUUAGGCAUCUUAACUUCAGCUGGUAAGGUAGUGCUAUGAAAAACCCGAGUAAUAACAUGUAAUAGUUUUGCUUUUAACAAGUCCUUCAGUUAUUUGCUAGUUUACUGGAAUUCUACCCUCCCCUGACCUCCUGCCAAGUCUAACAGAAGAGAUGGGUGAUACAUAAGCCUGAAACUGUAAGCAAGCCCCCAGUUAAAUGCUUCCCUUUAGAAGAGUUGCCUUGGUCAUGGUGAUUCUUCACAAUGACUAAGACACAGAUGAAAAUAAAUCCAUUUUGUAUGAGUGCCACAUUUUCAGCAUCUGUUCAUCUGUUGAUUAACAUCUAGGCUGAUUCCCUUUUCUGAGUGUUGUGAAUAGAGCAACAAUAAACAUGGCUGAGCAAGAAUCUCCAUCUGCGGGGGAGUGGUACAGUUGGGUCAAAUGGUAGUUCAAUUUCUAUAUGUUAUAGAACUUCUACAUGGAUUUUCAUGGUGGCUGCCUGUGUUUAUACUCCUGCCACAGUAUAAGUGUUCCUCUUUCCCCAGGUUCCUGCCCUGUUUGAGUUCCUUCCCUGACUUCCUUUGAUGAUGAACAGUGAUGAGAAGUAUAAAUCUAAUAAACUCUUUUUUCCCCCAA